AUGGGUUCGAAUGGCCAGGUUUUUGCCCAAGAUGACAAUUUCUGGAAUAAUUACCUAAAAGGACGACCGCAAGUUCCAGAAAAUUUCUUCACCCGGAUUUUUGACUACCACCGAGCGCAUGGAGGACGCUUUGGGACAGCCCACGACGUGGGUGCGGGCAACGGACCGUACGCCAAAACAUUACGUUCACGCUUUAACCGCGUCAUCGUCUCGGACAUCGUGGCGCAGAACAUCGAGCUAGCACGCCAACGCCUGCGCGGAGCAGACGGCUUCAUCUUCCGCACCGCCAAGCUGCAGGACGCCGAGGACAUCGAGCCAGGAAGCGUGGACAUGGUCUUCGCAACCAACGUGCUGCACUUUGCCCACCCGCAGGACGAGGCAAUGGCCGCCCUCUCGCGGCAGCUACGGCAGGGUGGCACCCUGGCAGUCGCACUGUUCGGCCCGGCGCGAUUCCACGACACUCAGCUUCAGGGCCUAUGGGAGCGCAUCAGCCAUGAGGGCGGCCGGCAGCUGCUCAGGGAGAUUGGCGAUGCCGCGGCCCAGGAGGCGACGAUCCAGGUCAUGGCCCGCACCCAGGGCACUUACAACGUCGCGCCGCUGAACCGGGAACUAUUCGAGGCCGGGGCGCAGCGGAUCCACCUGAACAUGCGCAGUGGUGGCAUUCAGGGCAUGUUGCCGCCGGAGGAGGCACAUCGGGAUAAGCAACCCAACUACACGGGGCCGGACGACGUAGAGACCUACGAAGAUGACGAGGGCUGGAGCUUUGUGACUGACCUAGCUGGUGUCAAGGCACACUUUGCCACCUUCCCCUUCGUGUCUAAAUUCCCAGACGCCCUGGCGGAAUUGUACCGGGAGCUGGACGACCUCCUCGAGGGCGGGAAAAGUGUCAAGGGGUACUAUCCUGUCAAGAUCAUCCUUUCCACACGACGUUGA